GAAGGAAACUGGUUUCCAUGGAUUUCUCUGCCAGCACCACUCUUCUCUUGACUAUCUCCUGCUGCCUGUGGACUACCGAAGCCCGAAAGGUUUCUUCUGUGCUCACUGUGCCAAAUGCGGGUUCCUUGGGCGAAUGGGGUCCAGCUUCAUAUUGCGCUAAAGGUUAUGCUAAUGCCUUCUCCCUGAAGGUGGAAAAACGCCAAGUGAUAGGUGAUGAUACAGCUCUGAAUGGAAUCCACUUGUACUGUACUGAUGGCCAAGCAAUUGAGUCUAAAGUUGGACC